AUGACACAUACAUACAACCUCCGCGCUCAGCAGUCGCAUCGUCAUUCCUCUCCUCAACCAACUACACAGACCGCGACAACUCGUAGAGCGAAAGACACCCGAAAAGAGCCCGCACCUUCGAAUCCUCAGAAGAAGGUCGCCGCUCGAACCAAUACCCCUCAGCUCACGCGACAAAGCAAACGAAGUAGACCUGCAGAACCCAGUGAAGAGCGCGCUCGAAAGCGACGUCGGCCGAAUGCUGAAUCAGCAGUCUUGGGCGCUGGUUCGCAGACGAGAUUGACAGAAGAGAAAGUCGACCUCCCUUCUCCUACGCGAAAAACAAAACGAAGUCGACUUCCCGAACCCAACGAAGAGCGCGCUCAGAAACGUCGUCGGCCGGAUGCUGUGUCUGUCAUAUUGGAUGUCGAUCCUGAAACGAAAUCACCGGAAGAGAGGAGCGACCUCAAACGUUCUGCGGUGAAACUGAGCCGCCUACGAAGAGAUGCGACGGAUGUUUGGAGGAUAGUAGCUCAGACGGAAGAGCUCAUAGUGCGCGCCAUCACUAGCGCCAGGGUUUUGCUCUCGGAUGUUGUCCAUCUGGACGCUCGCGAAGAAUCUUCAGUGGAGCAUGGCGCGCUCGAGGACAGAUCUGUACAACCCGAGCUCCUGAGGGAGAGGCUUGAUACCGUAUCCUCGAUAGCCGUACCCCCGCCGGCUGACGCACGGAAGGUCACUGAGGAAGAAUUCAAGACCUUCAUUCAUUGGUUCAGGUACAUCCGGUCCGACAUCAGUGGCAAUACCGCGAAGGCCUUCUCGCGUGAUGACAUGCGCAUCUUGUCUAUACUCUGCGACAAAUGGAGCGAGGAGAAUCCGGCUUGGCACGAUUGCCGAUACAGCACGAAGCAGCGGAAUCCUCACUACCGGUUGCUUCCAACACCGAGACCUCGAAUAGGCGUGGAUCAGCAGGGCAUUGGCUUCUACGACUGCAGCGCUUGCAAGAACGAAGAAGUGACACCGCUGAGGAUGGGACACGAACGACUUCUCAUGUCUGAAAUCGGGAUCACGAUCAAUCACUCCGUUAUGACUGACGUGCUUGUACUUCCGGCGCCGAUUUGUCCCCGACGACCACGAGUGUUUGACGAACAGUACCAACCCCAAUUCCACGACAUAAAGAAGCCUAUCUAUCGCGAGUUCGAAAGCUGGCACCGUAAUCACGGACGGUGUAUGCAAUGUAUCAUUCGGGCGAUCCGGACGUUCCCCACCUGGAUUAUUGAUAUCGAGGCGACUGAUAUCGAUGGUUACGUGGAUGGCAACCCCAUCUUCGUCAACAUUCCGGGCGACGAGCUCGUAGAGUGGGACGAGACGAGCAGGCGAUGGAGGCUCCUUGUGCGGGAUCAUUAUCGCUGGAUACCUGUCCAGGAGUUAGAGACGAGGCCCAGCGAUAGCGCCGCGGAUCCCAAGAUCGUCAACGGGACAGCUAACACCGAGGUUCCAUUCAAUCCUUGGACUUGGGUAUUACGUCGGUAA